ACCUUUGAGAAAAGGUAUCGUAAUUCAGUCUGUACUCUACCGUUUUGCCCGCUACGCACAGGGUUGGCUCUUUGAAAGCAACGCCAUUGCUUGUGACCAGCCUGUUAAGUAUUCAUACCGGUUAUCAAAGCCUUUAUAGUAAACGUCUUCUGCCUACUUAAGCUGUGUUUGGUCAACGUUAUCGGGAACAUAGCAAAGACAUUUGUGAACUCCAUACCAUUCGCUUCUCUUUAAGCAACGCUACUGUUCAUACUUGUGGGCAUGACAGCUGGAGGCAGCAUUAUAAUAGCAUGCUAAGUAGUCCUUAAGGGCCGCAGCGCAGAAUGCCGAGUGGCGACAAGGCCCGGGGCACCUUGGAGCUCCCGGUCCCAGAGUCGCCCACAUGGCUGCCAUCUAUCGCUCAAGGGCGAACGACGCCACGGGCGGGCAGUCCAGGCGUCGGCUUUACCCUUCCUAAGACGCGGAACAUCCCCGUGCCGCACACGCUAAAGAGCAAUGCGGAGCUAUUCAGCAUCGGGACGUUGCCUCAGAUGACCCAGCUUGAGAUCGGGACCCGCAAAAGGAAGUCCGCAAUCCCAAAGCUGCCAUCUAUCGACAAGCGGCCGUCUCUACAGGACGGACAGCAGCAGUCGCAGCUCUUCAAGCGGCCGCCCCGCUCGGAGCCAUCCACUGAGCUGAGCGAUUCGCCGGGCGAGGAGGAUGGCCCGGAAGAGGAGGAGGAGCCUGAGGGCCCGCGCAUUGACGAGCGGGACGCCGCCUACGAUCCGGACCUCAUCCCGGGCAUCAACACGGGCGAAGAUGUGGUGGAGUUUUACGGAAAAUUCGGGCAGGACUCGGCCGUUAAGUUCUUUUACUGCAACAGGGCCCCUGAGGGCGUGCGGUUCCGGCCGUACGACCUCGUCGUGGUGCGGAGGCAGAAGAUUGGGCCCGAGUACUUCACUGUCAGCGCCACGGGUGUCAUGCGGAUCAAGCGUGGUGUACAGGCCGAGUUCACGCCGCUGUCUGAGUGGGUGCGGGAGAAGACGCUGUUUGACCUGAUCAGCGCCAUCGGCUUCUUCCGCAACUACCUCACCGGCAGGUGCUUUCGGCGCUGGCUCAAGGCUGUGCGCCAAAAGAACUUCAACAAGGUCAAGGCGCAGAUCGGGGACAGCCUGUUUCUGGCGAAGGGAACGUUCUGCCCGCACCUGCUGGAGAUCUACACGGCGGUGGACGAGGUGCGCUCCACGCCCUUCGCCUCCGCCAACGCCACGCACCUGUACACGCUACAAGAGUAUGCGGAGCUGCAGGUCAACGCGCGGGAGCACAAGGCCAAGCCCGCGCUGGAGGCAAUCGUGGAGAAGGUGCAAAAGGUGCUGGAGCGCGUGUGUCGGGAGGUGCAGAAGCAGGCGCGGCUGUACCAGCAGAGCGUGCGGGACCAGGCGGAGCUGGAGGACACGACGGGUGUGGAGCUGCUGCAGGGGCGCAGCGCGGGGUGCGCGCGGCCCAUGAUAACCAUCAAGCGCGAGAAGAUUGAGCGCGCGCAGAACUUUGCGCGGGUGAUGCGGGAGGUGACGAUGCUGGGCUCGUUCAUUCGCCUGGCGGACUACCUGUUCGUGGAAGGUGUGAUCAGCCGCGCGGUGACGACCACGGAGGAGGUGCUCAGCUUGCUGACCGCGCCCAAGACCUCGGCCGACAAGCAGAGCAAGGGCGUGUUCACCACCAUCAUUGGCUUCAUCCCGGAGGGCAUCACCUUCACCCCCGACGACACAGCGAUGCAAGAGGAGCUGAACAACGUGAUCGAGGGCAUCAUAAACCUGGCGCAGCAGGCGCCGCGGCUCAUCUUCAUGCGCGCCUUUGCGCAGUACUUUGAGGGCAAGCCCUCCGGCCUCAACCCCGCCAACGUCAUCCGCUCCUCACCCAACUUCAACGAGCUGCGGAACUCCAUCACGGCAAGCAUCCAGGAGGACUUUGCGGCGGCCAGAGAUUACGUCAGGCUCUUCGAGGCGUACCGCAUGGUGUACGACUUUGGCCGUACUUGGAGCUACGAGGCGUACUCGAGCCGGCCCAAGAGCCUGCGUGAGAUCCGCCGCGACAUGCACAAGCAGCGCGAGUGGCGCAACGAGCUGGAUCGCAUGAAGAUCUUCAACGUGGUGGGCUGCCUGUACGUGGACAGCAAGAGCCUGCGCAACGACCUGAUGCCCAUCACGCUGAACACCCUGGAGCGCAUCAAGGGCCUGCUGCUCACCAUGGCGCGCGAAACCUGCAUCUCGGUGCUGGACGACGUCAACUUGCGUAUCCAGCUGCUGCAGGCCCGCCCCACAGCGCUGGACGAGUUCAUGGCCUACCAGGUCAUGCACGCCAAGCAGGUGGAGAGCAAGAAGGCGGUGCUGGCGGCGGCGGCGCAGGUGGACGACAUGUACGACAUGUUGGCCGCGUACGAGCAAAAGGUCCCGACCACCGAUGCGGUUAAGCACGACGACUUGCGCGACGCUGCGGGCACCUUCAUCACCGAGCUCACCAGCGGCAAGGAGUUCAUGGCAGACAACAAGGCGGUCCAGCAGGACUCCCUGGCCUCCAACAUCGCCCGCACGCACGAGGAGCUGGCCGGGAUCAUGGCAUCCCUCAACAAGGGCGACUACGUCAACCCAGAUGCCGACGCGGAGAGCGUGCUCAAUGAUCUGGAGAAUGUGCUGUCGCAGCUACGCGAGCUGUCCACCGCCUGCGACACGUACAAGGAGUACCAGACGCUGUUCGAGCUGGAAACGGACGCCUUCGCGGACCUGACGGCCGUGGAGAAGGAGGCCAACGCCAAGUACCAGCUGUGGAAGAGCCUGUACGACUUCAUGGAGAAGAGCCACAACUGGACGGAGGACCCCAUCUUGGACGAGGGCAACAUGUCGCAGAUGUCCAUCGAGGCCAUCCGCGCCGAGGUGGAGGAGUACGCGCAGCGCGCCUACAAGAUGGGCAAGGCGGCCAAGGAGGACCAGGUGGUGAUCCGCCUCAAGGACUGCAUCGACGACUUCAAGCAGAUCCUGCCCCUCAUCGAGGAGCUUGCGAACCCCGCACUCAAGACGCGGCACUGGGAGCAGAUCUUCAAGCUCAUCGACGCCGAUAUUCCGCCCAACGACAACGGCAUUGGCUACGCGCCCUUCUCCGUACGCAUGCUGCUGCAGUACAAUGCGCUGGACCGGUACGAGCCUAUCCAGGCCAUCAGCGGUGUGGCGUCCAAGGAGUACAGCUUGGAGAAGGUGCUGGAGAAGAUGGACAACGACUGGCGCGGCGUGGAGUUCCGAUGCAUCGAAUACAAGGACACCGGUACCUUCAUCCUGGGCGGUACGGACGAGAUCCAGGCGCUUCUGGACGACCAAAUCGUCAAGACGCAGGCCAUGCGUGCCUCGCCGUACAUCAAGCCGCUGGAGGGCCAGGCCACCAGAUGGGAGACCAUGCUCACCACCCUGCAGGAUAUGCUUGACAACUGGCUGACGUGUCAGGCCACCUGGCAGUACCUGGAGCCCAUCUUCAGCUCACCCGACAUCCUCAAGCAGAUGCCGGAGGAGGGCGAGAAGUUCCAGCUAGUGGACCAGUCAUGGCGUGAGCUGAUGGAGUCAACCGCUGCCGCGCCUGCAUGCGUCACUGUCGCGGAGGAGCGGGAGAAGCUGCUGGCGCUGCAGGAGGCUAACCGGCUGCUAGAGGAGAUCCAGAAGGGCCUUGCCGCCUACCUGGAGCUCAAGCGCCUGGCCUUCCCGCGGUUCUUCUUCCUCUCGAACGACGAGAUGCUCGAGAUCCUUUCCGAGACCAAGGACCCCACGCGCGUGCAGCCGCACCUCAAGAAGUGCUUUGAGGGCAUCGACCGGCUUCGCUUUGAGGGCCCGGCGCCAGACAUCACGGGUAUGAUCAGCUGCGAGAAGGAGGUGGUGCCGCUCAAGACCAAGAUCAAGCCCGCAGAGGCUAACGGCAGCGUGGAGAAGUGGCUGGUGCAGGUGGAAGCAGGCAUGGUGGAAUCGGUGCAGGAGAUGUGCCGCCGCGGCGUGCUGAGCUAUCCCACCGUGCCACGCGAGCGCUGGGUGCUGGAGUGGCCGGGUCAGGUGGUCCUCGUUGUUACGGCGAUCUACUGGACACGGGAAGUGGUGGCAGCGAUCACCAGCCCUUCCCCGACUGCGUUGGCGGAGUGUGCGGAUCGCAACACGGCGCAGCUGGGCAGCAUCGUGUCGCUGGUGCGCGGCGAGCUCUCCAAGCUGAACCGCGCCACGCUGAGUGCGCUGGUGGUGAUGGAUGUGCACGCACGCGAUGUGGUGGUAGCACUGGCGGCGGAGAAGGGCGUGGCGGGCGACCCCAACCACUUCAGCUGGCUCAGCCAGCUGCGCAUGUACUGGGAGGUCAAGAACCCCGCCCAGGCGGACUCGGACGAGGGCACCAUCAUGGUGCGUAUGAUGAACGCGGAGGUGGAGUACGGCUACGAGUACCUGGGCAACAGCAUGCGCCUGGUGGUGACACCGCUGACCGAUCGCUGCUACCGAACCCUCAUCAGCGCCAUCCACCUCAACCUGGGAGGAGCGCCAGAGGGGCCCGCCGGUACGGGCAAGACGGAGACCACCAAGGACUUGGCCAAGGCACUUGCACGGCAGUGCGUGGUGUUCAACUGCUCUGACACCCUGGACUACCAGACGAUGGCGAAGUUCUUCAAGGGUCUAGCCAGCAGCGGCGCCUGGGCUUGCUUCGACGAGUUCAACCGCAUCGACCUGGAGGUGCUGUCCGUGGUGGCGCAGCAGGUUCUGGAGAUCCAGUUGGCCGUCAAGCAGCGCGUCAAGUCUUUCUUCUUCGAGGGCACUGAGCUGCCGCUGCGACCCACAUGCAACGUCUUCAUCACCAUGAACCCCGGCUAUGCCGGUCGCUCGGAGCUGCCGGAUAACCUCAAGGCGCUGUUCCGUACGGUGGCCAUGAUGGUUCCCGACUAUGCGCUCAUCUCGGAGAUCAUGUUGUACAGCAACGGCUACCUGCAGGCCCGCGAAUGCGCGCGCAAGAUCGUGGCAACCUACAAGCUCUGCUCCGAGCAGCUCUCCAGCCAGGACCACUAUGAUUAUGGCAUGCGUGCUGUGAUGGCCGUGCUGCGUGCCGCUGGCAACCUCAAGCGGCGCUUCCCGGACUCUGACGAGUUCGUACUGAUGCUGCGAUCCAUCAUCGACGUCAACCUCUGCAAGUUCCUGAGCCACGACGUGCCGCUGUUCAACGGUAUCGUGUCAGACCUCUUCCCUGGCGUGGUGCUUCCCGAGCCCGACUACGGCCACCUGAUGGAGGCCAUGAAGCGCCAGUGCUCGCUGCUCAACCUGCAGCCCACCACGUACUUCCUCAUGAAGACCAUCCAGCUGUACGAAAUGGUGGUUGUACGGCAUGGCCUCAUGACCGUUGGCCAGCCCUUCAGCGGCAAGUCUGCCAGCCUUAAGGUCCUGGCCGGCGCGCUAACGGACCUGUUCGACCGCGGCAUUUCUGGAGCGCUAUACAACAAGGUGCAGCUGCGCACGAUUAACCCCAAGAGCGUGACCAUGGGGCAGCUGUACGGAGAGACGGACCGCGCUACACAGGAAUGGAAGGACGGUGUGCUAGCGGUUACGUUCAGGUCUCUGGCGGCGGACCCGUCUGAGGACCGCAAGUGGCUGGUGCUGGACGGCCCGGUGGACGCCAUCUGGAUCGAGAACAUGAACACCGUGCUGGACGACAACAAGAAGCUCUGCCUGCCCAACAGCGAGAUCAUCCAGAUGAGCUCCACCAUGUCCAUGAUCUUCGAGGUGGGCGACCUGGCCGUGGCUUCCCCCGCCACCGUGUCGCGCUGCGGCAUGGUAUACCUGGAGCCGCACCAGCUGGGCUGGAACCCGUUGCUGACCAGCUGGCUGGCCACACUGCCGCGCAGCCUGGGCUCCAAGGUCCGCAAACACCUGGAGCAGCUCUUUGACUGGCUCAUGCCGGCAUGCCUCAGGUUUGUGCGCAAGGAUGCCAAGGAGGUGAGCCCCACGGAGGACAUCGGCUUGGCGCGCGCCACCAUGCGCCUCAUGUCCAGCCUCCUCACAGAGGACUUUGGCCCGAUGCUCAACGCAAGCGCCGUGGCAGCUGCGGAAAAGGCUGAGGCGGAGAAGGCAGCCGCUGCUGCGGCCGCUGCAGCGCCAGCUGCAGCUGCCGGCGCGCCUCCCUCGACGCCGGGUUCUGCUCCGCCGACGCCACCAGAGGGCGCGGCCAAUGGCGGCGGCGCCAGGCCGUCGGCCAGUGAUGCGGGCGAGCCGCCGGAAGACAAGCCGGAGGAGGCGCCUGGGGAGGAUGACGCACCGCCAGGGGCGUCGUACGACGACAACACGAAGAUCGUGCUGGUGGAGGCAGCCUUCCUGUUUGCGCUUGUCUGGUCCGUGGGCUGCACCGGGGACGGCGAGAGCCGCCGCAAGUUCGACAGUUUCCUUCGCAGCAUCCUUUCGGGCAUCGUGCCAGACGGCUACCUGGACUACAUUAACCCCAGCCUCAAGGUGCACAUGUCCAUCCCACCGCCGCCUCCCGAUGGUGGAGCCACCGUGUUCGACUAUGCGCUCCAGAAGCGCACCACCGGCCGCGGCCUUGUUCCCGGCAGCUGGCAGCUGUGGACGGACACCAUCCCUGCUCUGGACAUCCCGGCAGACGCGCAGUUUGCGGACAUCAUCAUCCCCACAAAGGACUCUGCAAGGUACACCUUCCUGCUUGACACCGCCCUCCAGAACAACCAGCCUCUGCUGAUGGUGGGCCCGACCGGCACCGGCAAGUCCACCUACAUCAACCGGCACCUGGUUUCGGGGCUGCCCAAGGACAAAUGGACGCCCAUCUUCGUCACCUUUUCCGCGCGCACGACCGCCAACAUGGCUCAGGACCAAGUGGAUGGCCGCCUGGACAAGCGGCGUAAGGGCGUCUAUGGACCACAAGUGGGCCGCAAGGCCGUGCUGUUCGUGGACGAUCUCAACAUGCCUGCUAAGGAGACGUACGGCGCGCAGCCACCCAUCGAGCUGCUGCGCCAGGCCCUGGACCACGGCGGUUGGUACGGCCGCGACAACCACUUCCGUACGCUUGUGGACGUUCAGCUGGUGGCAGCCAUGGGACCGCCGGGAGGUGGUCGUACAUUCGUCACCAACCGCUUUUUGCGCCACUUCAAUGUGCUAGCGCUAUCGCAGGUGGCCGAUGACUCCCUGGUGCACAUCUUCCGCACCAUCCUGGACUGGCACCUCACCACCAACGCCUUCCCUCAGCCCGUUGCGGACCUGUCCAGCGCCCUCAUCGGAGCCACACUGGAGGUGUAUAGCCAGUCCAUGGCAAAGCUACUGCCCACACCCACCAAGAGCCACUACGUCUUCAACUUGCGCGACUUUGCACGCGUGGUGCAGGGCGUCAUGAUGUUGCCGCGAGACAGCCUGCCCAAGCCCGCCGACGCGCUGGACGAGACGGUGGUGCAGCACCAGUGCGUGUCGCUGUACCGCCGGCUGUGGGUGCACGAGGUGUUCCGGGUCUUCUACGACCGCCUGGUGGACGACGUGGACCGGCAGUGGCUCAUCAUGCAGGUUAAGACAACGGUGGCCGCGCACCUGGGUUGCGGGUUUGACACGCUGAUGGAGGGGCUGCUGUCGGAGGCGGACAAGAAGUCAGGGCGGAGCAUCACCCAUGAGGACAUGCGGCGGUGCUUCUUCGGCGACUACGCUGACACCAACGAGCCGGAGCCCUCAAUGCGGAAGUACGCGGAGGUGCAGGAUGUGGCCACGUUGGUUACCACGAUGGAGGAGUACCUGGCGGACCAUAACGGCACCUCUAAGCGCCCCAUGAACCUGGCCAUGUUCCUCUUCGCGGUGGAGCACGUCAGCCGCAUCUGCCGCCUGCUGAAGCAGCCAGGCGGCAACAUGUUGCUGGUGGGUGUGGGCGGCAGCGGCCGCCAGAGCCUGACGCGGCUGGCUGGCUUCAUCUGCGGCAUGGAGGUGCUGCAGGUGGAGAUCGCCAAGAGCUACGGCCGCACCGAGUGGCGCGAGGACCUCAAAAAGGUGCUCCGGCGUGCGGGUGCGGAGCUCAAGUCGGUGGUGUUCCUGUUCAGCGACACGCAGAUCAAGGACGAGUCCUUCCUGGAGGACAUCAACAACAUCCUCAACAGCGGCGAGGUGCCCAACAUGUUCCCCCAGGACGAGCGCAUGCAGAUCAUGGAGGCCGUGCGUCCGCGAGCUGCCAAGCGCGGUCUGGAGACGCCGCUGGAGCUGUGGGGCUACUUUGUGGAGACGUGCCGCCGCAACCUGCACGUGGUGCUGUGCUUCAGCCCCAUCGGUGAUGCAUUCCGGGAGCGCCUGCGUGCCAACCCCUCCAUCGUCAACUGCUGCACCAUUGAUUGGUUCCAGACGUGGCCUCGCGACGCGCUGGAGGCAGUUGCCUUCAAGUUCCUGCGGGAGAUGGAGCUGGACGAGCAGACACGCACGCAGCUGGUGCAGCUGUGCCAGGCUUUCCACUCCAGGAUCCGUGAAGCCAGUGAGGACUUCAGGGUUCAGCUGGGCCGCCACAACUACGUGACGCCUACCUCGUACCUGGAGCUCAUCAACACGUUCAGGACACUGCUGGACUCCAAGCGCGCCGCCAACCGCAAGGCCCACUCGCGCUACGUCGUGGGUCUUCAAAAGCUGGAGAGCAGCGCGGAGCAGGUGGCGGGCAUGCAGGCGGAGCUGCAGGCGCUGCAGCCGCAGCUGGUGCGGACGGUGGCGGAGGUGGAGAGCCUCAUGGGCGUCAUUGCCCGCGAGAAGGCCGAGGUGGUGGAGCCCAAGGCUGCCAUCGUGAAGGGUGAGGAGGCCAAGGCGCAGGGCAAGGCCGACGCCGCCAAGGCUAUCAAGGACGAGUGCGAGGCAGACCUUGCGGAGGCCUUGCCCAUCCUUAACGAGGCGUUGGCUGCACUGGACACCAUCGACGAGAAGGACAUUAACUACAUCAAGAAGCUGGGCAACCCGCCCAACAUCAUCAAGCUAGUGCUCGAGGCCGUGUGCGUCAUUCUGGACGUGAAGCCCGCCAAGGUCAAAGACGAGUCGGGCAAGAUGGUUCUGGACUACUGGAAGCCUUCCGUGGCGCUCAUGAACGAGAAGGAUUUCCUGCAGCGGCUCAGGUUGUACGACAAGGACAACAUCCCGCCGCGCAUCAUCGGCGAGAUUCGGGAGCGCUACUGCAAGAACGAGGCCUUCACGCCUGCGGCUGCACGCAACGCCUCGCCAGCUGCCGAGGGCAUGUGCAAGUGGGUGCACGCCAUGAGCAGCUACGACAAGGUGGCAAAGGUGGUUGCGCCCAAGAAGGCAAAGCUGGCGGAGGCGGAGGCGCAGUAUGAGGAGGUCAUGGUGGGUCUGCGCGCCAAGCAGCAGGAGCUGGCGGACCUGCGCGCCAAGCUGGCCGCCAUGGAGGGCGACCUGCGCACCAACACCAAGAAGAAGGAGCGACUGGAGCAGGAGGUGGCGCUGUGCAGUGUCAAGCUGGAGCGCGCGGAGAAGCUCAUCGGUGGUCUGGGCGGUGAAAAGGUGCGCUGGACGGAGUCAGCUCAGGCGCUCAAGACGGCGGCGGUGGCGCUGACGGGUGACAUGCUGGUGGCCGCGGGCAUCAUCGCCUACUGCGGCGCCUUCACGGCCUCCUUCCGGCAGAACAUCAUUGAGAACUUCCUGGAGCUGGUCAGGAGCGCAAACAUCCCGCACACGCCUCGUUUCAGCCUGGCGGCUGCUCUGGGCGACCCGGUCCGCACGCGCGAGUGGCUCAUUGCCGGCCUGCCCAACGACUCGUUCUCGAUUGAGAACGGCAUCAUAGUGGCACAUGCGCGGCGGUGGCCGCUCAUGAUUGAUCCGCAGGGCCAGGCGAACAAGUGGGUCAAGAACCUGGAGAAAGAGCACAAGCUGCAGGUGAUCAAGCUGUCGGAGGGCGGUGAGUACCUGCGCGUGCUGGAGAACGCCAUCCAGUUCGGGCUGCCGGUGCUGCUGGAGAAUGUGGGCGAGGAGCUGGACCCCUCGCUGGAGCCGCUGCUGCUCAAGCAGACGUUCAAGUCCAUGGGCGUUACGUGCAUUCGCCUGGGAGAUGCCACCAUUGAGUACAGCGCUGACUUCAGGUUCUACAUCACCACCAAGCUGCGCAACCCGCACUACCUGCCCGAGGUGGCGGUCAAGGUGACGUUGCUCAACUUCAUGAUCACCCCCGCCGGUCUGGCGGACCAGCUGCUGGGGGUGGCGGUGGCGACGGAGCGACCCGAUCUGGAGGAGCAGAAGGCGCAGCUGGUGCUGCAAGGCGCGGAGAACACUCGGCGGUUGGCGGAGAUCGAGGAUCGCAUUCUGGAGGUGCUGUCCAACAGCACAGGCAACAUCCUGGAGGAUGAGACCGCCAUCUCCAUCAUUACGCAGGCCAAGACCCUGGGUAAUGAGAUCCAAGAGAAGCAGCGUGCUGCCGAGGUGACGGAGCGCGAGAUCGACGUGGCUCGCACCGGCUACAAGCCCUGCGGUGACUACACCUCCAUCCUGUUCUUCUGCAUCUCCGACCUGGCCGCAAUCGACCCCAUGUACCAGUACUCGCUGCCCUGGUUUGUCAACCUGUUUGUGGCUUCCAUGCACAGCGCGGAGCCAAGCUCUGUGCUGGAGCGGCGGCUAGAGAACAUCUACGACCAUUUUACCUACUCGCUCUACCGCAACGUGUGCAGGUCUUUGUUCGAGAAGGACAAGCUGCUCUUCGCCUUCCUGCUCUGCACACGCAUCCUGGAAACACGUGGCCGCAUCGACACCGACGAGUACAUGUUCCUGCUCACAGGCGGUCUGGGCGGCGCGGCCGACCCGCGCUCCAACCCCGCACCCGACUGGCUCGUGGAGCGCGGCUGGCGCGAGCUCUGCCGUCUUGACCGUCUGCCGACCUUCAUGGGCCUUGCCGAUGCAUUCGCUUCAGAUCCCGACGCAUGGCGGCCGCUGUACGACGCCAGCGAACCGCACCGCAUGACGCUUCCCGGCCUGUACAACUCCCUAGACACCUUCCGCAAGCUCCUCAUCGUGCGCUGCAUCCGGCCGGACAAGGUAGUGCCCGCGGUUCAGGACUUCGUUGAAAUUAACCUGGGCAAGAAGUACGUGGAGCCGCCGCCGUUUGACCUGGCGGCUUGCUACGCGGACUCGGCACCCACCACGCCGCUUAUCUUUGUGCUGUCGCCUGGCUCCGACCCAACAGCAGCGUUGCUGCAGUUCGCAGGCGAGCGCAACAUGAGCAGCCGCCUGAUGGCGAUCUCACUUGGGCAGGGCCAGGGGCCCAAGGCCUCGGCCAUGAUUGCGGAGGGUGCACGCAGUGGAACGUGGGUGGUGCUCCAGAACUGCCACCUGGCUCCUUCCUGGAUGCCCAUGCUGGACAAGAUUUGCGAGGAGUUGCAGCCCGACGUGACGCACAACGAGUUCCGGCUGUGGAUGACGUCGUACCCCAGUCCCAAGUUCCCGGUCAACAUCUUGCAGAACGGCGUCAAGAUGACCAACGAGCCGCCCAAGGGCAUCAAGGCCAACAUGCGGCGCUCCUACAUGAUCGAGCCCAUCUGCCAGGACAAGGAGUUCUUCGAGGCGUGUUCCAAGCCGGGGCCCUUCAAGAAGCUGCUGUUUGGGCUGGUGUUCUUCCAUGCGCUGGUGCAAGAGCGGAGGAAGUUUGGGCCGCUGGGCUGGAACAUUCCGUACGGCUUCGACGAUGGCGACCAGCGCAUCAGUGUCCGGCAGCUCAAGAUGUUCCUGGACGAGGCUCCCGUCGGCGCACAGCCACCCUUCGCGGCCCUGCGCUACGUCACUGGCGAGUGCAACUACGGCGGCCGCGUGACGGACGACAAGGACCGCCUGCUGCUCAACACCGUCCUGGAGCUCUGCUACUGCCCCGAAAUCAUCGCCGAUGACAACUACAAGCUCUCCUCCUCCGGACUCUACUACGCACCCGCUGAAGGCGACCGCGCCUCCUACCUCGCCUACAUCGACACGCUGCCCAUCAUACCGCUCCCCGAGGCAUUUGGCCUGCACGAGAACGCGGACAUCGCCAAGGACCAGAGCGACACAGCGGCCAUGUUCGCCUCUCUGCUGGCCAUGACAGGCGCCGCAGGUGGCAGCAGCGGUGGUGGCGGCAGCUCGGCCGAGGACCGUGUGGCGGCGCUGGUGACGGAGUGCCUGGCGCGGUUGCCGCCGCAGUUCGACGUGGAGACCAUCCAGCGGCGCUGGCCGGUGAAGUACGAGGAGUCGAUGAACACGGUGCUGGUGCAGGAGUGCAGUCGCUUCAACAAGUUGCUGGCAGUGCUGCACGAGUCGCUGGCGAACAUCCGGCUGGCCAUUCAGGGUCUGCUGGUGAUGUCAUCGGAGCUGGAGGCGGCGUUCAGCUCCAUCGCGAUUAAUCAGGUGCCUGAGCUCUGGAAGCGCCGCUCCUACCCCUCUCUCAAGCCGCUGGGCUCCUACCUGGAGGACCUCUACGCGCGCCUUGACAUGUUCACCUCCUGGGCCACCCACGGCCCGCCCGCCAGCUUCUGGCUGCCCGGCUUCUUCUUCGUGCAGUCCUUCCUCACCGCCUCGCUCCAAAACUACGCGCGCCGGCGCAAGGUGCCCAUCGACACCGUUGGGUUCGGCUUCGAAACCCUGGGCAUGGAGCACACCGCCUACCGGCAACCGCCCAGCGAGGGCGUGUACGUGCACGGCAUGUUCCUGGAGGGCUGCGGCUGGGACCCGGUUGCGCAGCGCCUGUGCGAGAGCCAGCCCAAGGUGCUGUUCGUGACCGCGCCCGUGAUGUGGCUCCGGCCGCGGCCUGCGGACCAGCGCCAUGACUACCCGCACUAUGACUGCCCGCUGUACCGAACGGCAGACAGGCGCGGUGUGCUGGCCACCACCGGGCAUUCCACCAACUUUGUGAUGUUUGUGAAGCUGCCCACGGACGAGCCGCCCAGCCAUUGGAUCAUGCGGGGCGUGGCGUUGCUGACGCAGCUGUCGGAUUAAAGGGUGUAAGAGGGAGGGGAAAAGGGAGGAAGAGGGCGAGGCACUACUGGGAUUUGCCGGGAGUCCAGGUGGCCGCUGUAGAGGUGAUUGUAAGGAGUGUCCGGGCUGCAACGCCCAUGCACCGGGUUGUCAACUCUGUUGUAUGUGCUGGGUUAUGGUUUGUUGGGGCGACAUGACUAGCAUGAUGCUUUUCGCUAUGUUUGACCUGUAGACGUGAUGACGAUGUGCCAUCAUGUUGCCACGGUCCAGCGUGAGAAGUGUGCAGUAUGUGCUGAACUUGACCCUUAACCGUUGACCCAGCAUGGUGACGUAAACUUGGAUACGGAACAGCGUGAAUAGGCAAUCUGCACUGCGCUGUGACCAUUAGUUAUAGCCUGCACAGCGCGAGUAAGUCGUACGGCCAUGGGAGUUAUGCAGAUUAUCGUGAUCCCUCUUAGCAGUCUGCGUACGAUGCAGCUCCGCGGCGAUGCAGCUAUGUAUUUUGCUGUACAGGUUAGAGCACUACUGGCGGCGCUGCAUGUCGGCUCAAUUCCACAUGCAAUGCCGCAAUCCUGCAGUGUGCAGAUGUAGGGUUUCAGGCCAGCUUUAUAUUAAUAGGAAUGCUUGUGCGUCGAAGUUAAAUAAGCAUGAGAUAAGGAAGCCUGCGGCUGUCGUGUGAUGAAGCCGGUGGUGAAGGCGUCGACUAUCUCAACAGCCCACGGUGAAACUGAGCACUGUUCCCGGCAAGGCGGCGCUGGGGCUCCAUAGGGAGUGUAACAAAACCACGGCAUU